AUGGUCCAUGGUUUCAGGACAUUACCUACUGUAGCAUCUAUUGCACUGGCCGGGUUGACACCCCUUCACCUAAAAGUCCAAGAGGUUGCCUCGACGGAAAAGGUGAAGCGCACACAGAUAACUGAGUACUUGCCAAACGAUAUAAAGUACGAUAAAAGGGUCUCCGUUACCGAAUUGCUACAUCCCGCGGAUAGAAUAGAUAUUACCUUCAAAGAAGUUUUUAAUCAGGAACAACUUGACCUAUACUAUGAAGAUAAUGAAAUGCACAGGGUCUUCACUGACGGAAGUAGGCACGACGGGUUGGUCGGUGCGGCUGUUGUGAUUGACUACCCUGAUGGUAGGAGUUUAAUGAAGAAACUCAAGUUACACAGCAGCUGCACUGUAUUCCAGGCCGAGUGCUUAGCAGUAGAAAGUGCUUGUAGAGAGUGCAUUCAACAAGAAUUACCAAAGGUCGCUGUUUUCUCGGACUCCAAAGCUGCACUGAUGGAAAUCUCUAAUCGUAGCAGUACAAACAGCAUUGUGAACAGAAUUCAUAAGUUAUUAUAUAAUAUCAGGGAGUCUGGGAAAACAGCGAUACAAUUCUGCUGGAUUAAGGCGCAUGUUGGCCUGAUCGGGAACGAAAGGGCUGACAUGGCGGCCAAAGCUGCAGCAGCAUUACAUAAGUCACCAGAUUACGAUCUUUUCCCGCUGUCGUAUCACAAAAUCAACCAUAAGAAAUACAUUUUCGAGAUGCACAGCAAAUGGUAUGAGGACAGCACGACUGGCAGACACAUGAAAAAGGGGGCAGUGGCCGGGCGGCCGCCCGCACUCAUGACUCUAGUCGUGAGGCGGGCGGUCGGGCGGCAGAACUAA